GGUGUUCAAAUGACACUGCAAUUUGAGUGGAACAAAUGGAGAGCUAUGGAAACCUCCAUGUUGCUCAACACCUCACCCGAAUUCGAAAUGGCAGUCUACACAAUCUGUGCGCUCAGUGGAGGAGAGUGUGAAAUGGAAAUCAAUAACCAACCAGUGGUAAUCUUUGCCAGCACGAUCAAGCAAGAUGAUGGUCUCGUAAUUGACCAGUGCUAUCCUGCGACAUCCGGCCAUAAACCAACAAAAAAACCAGUUCCACCCACAAAGAGGCCUGUUGUCAGCACCAAGAGACCUCGACAUGGAGGCGACUUGCAG